AUUUUAUGUUCUGAGUCACAUGUACUCGACAUAACAAAUAAAACGAGUCCACGUCCAAAACAGAGGGAGUUCUGCUUUUCCCCGUCAGUGUUAAAGAUGAACUUGUGGCUGCUCCUGACUCUUGCUGCCCUGGCUGAAUGCCAUUACUCCUGCCCGGAUCUCUGCUCCUGCUCGGUUCGUACAACAGAGGUGUUUUGUGGCCAAAGCUCCCUCACACGUUUCCCUGUCGACGGUUUGUCUCCCAACACCACCCAACUUUCCAUCCAGUCCACCGGCCUCGCCGCUGUUACUGCCCAUCAUCUCAGCAUGGUUCCCCUUUUAAACAACCUCCAGCUCUAUCACAACAACCUGACAAGCCUCCCACCAGAUCUGCUGAAGGGGGUUCCUCGCUUGAACACAUUAGAUCUCACUGGGAAUCAGCUCGUUCACCUGCCUCCCAACAUUUUUAGCCACGCCUCACUCCAUAAUCUGGUGCUGAAGAAUAAUCGGAUAGAAAAAGUUGACGCCGAGUGGUUCUCCGUCAACAGCAGUGUGAGGUGGUUGGACUUGUCUGGGAAUCUUUUAACCGGCAUCCCGUCUGCUCUGCUCCUGAAGCUGUCUCAUCUCCAGAGCCUUGACUUGAGCAAUAACAAUCUGCAGGAGCUACAACCUGACGCCCUGACAAACCUGCACCACCUGGAGACGCUGAACCUCGCCAGGAACCAGUUGACCUCCCUGAAACCUGCUACUUUCAGCCACAACCUGAAACUAUCCCAUCUUUUCCUGCAGGAGAAUCAACUCCGAGAUCUGCCAGCAACCCUCCUCCAGGGUCUCCAAAACCUUGAGCAUCUGCUGCUGAAUCAGAAUCGGCUGCAGUAUCUCCCCUUGGGUUUUCUGGAUGAGGGGGGAUCCUCUUUUAUGGUAAUCUUAUCAUUGAACCCCUGGGUGUGUGAUGAGAAGAUUGAGUUUCUGAAGAAGUGGCUGAAUGCCCAUCCUGAAAACGUAUUCUUUCUGGACGAGGUGACCUGUGCAGGGCCCGAAGCUCUGAAACAUCGACAAGUGGCAUCUUUGACUGACAGCGAGCUUGGUCUUCUAAAAUUAGAGAUGGGGUGAAUAAAAAAAAAAGAUAUUUAGUCCCAUCAUCCUUCGCUCUUAUGUCAAACAAGAAAAUACCACAGUUUUAAAAACCUGAAAUAAACUUAACAAUGAAUUCCUUUGAUGCUUGUUUUUGUCAUCAUUUGGAUAUGGUCCAGCCCACUGGGUGGCGCAAGAUCCUCAAAUAUUUUUCAGCGCAAUGAGCUGAAGAGGUGGUGCAGCUCAUUUUAGAACCAGAUUAAUGCAGAUCUCAGGCAAACAUGCAUCAAAACAAAUGUGACAGGAAAAAUAUUCUGAUUAUAUUGAUUUUUUUUUUUAAACUAGAUGCUUAAAUCUUUUUAUCUGAAAUGACUAACACUAUUUUCAUGAAUUUA